AUGGACGCCCCGUCCGACGCACGGCGGCCCUCCGUUUCCUUCGCCAACCGCUCCUCCACGACAGAUUCCUCUUCGGAGGCGACUCCCAUCCCCAGCGUCCGUUCCGAUACCGUCACGCCGCACAUGCCAGAAUCAUCCGCAGCUCCUACUCCCGUCUCCGUCAACGCUCCCUUCAGCUGUUCUUCUUCAUGGAGUGCCAGUUCUGAUCGUCAACUCGGCCACAAUGCGAGUCCCGAUCCUUCAGAUCGCGUUUAUCCGAUCCGCUCCGUCGUGCGUGUAGACCGCACCGGCAGGACCUCUGGCGAGCAUGACUAUUUCCCUAGAGCCCCCGAUCAUGGCCAAUACCAAGCCCCCCGUCCGAGCAAUCCUCGAAUCGAUACCGCCGCCUUCGAAGCUGUUUCUCGUCGCGAAUCUACGUCCACACCGUUGUCCAACGUAACUUCGCCUGGCGAUCGUCAAGGAGUCCAAGCGAGGAGGAAGAAUGUCGGGUCUGGUCCCAUGUCCAGCGUCCAAGCCGAUGCUGCACGUCACAACACCUCACAGCCACUGGACAUAUUUCAUGAUGUUACGUCGGACGUAGAGGAGGAUUCCGUACCUGGCGACGACCAUUCGCAAAACCAGACAUCAUCAACCAGUGCUCAUGAAGACACAGCCAACGACAGUAUCCUAACAACGCGCUUCAAGUACGUCAUGACGGACGAGGGCCAUCAUGUCAUCACAGGCACCGACAAUGUCCUACAAUGUUGCGAAGAUGAGCCUAUCCAUACCCCCGGAGCCGUGCAAGGAUUCGGCGCGUUAGUGGCCAUCCGCGAAGAAAGCCACGGUCAAUUUUCUGUUCGCUACGCCAGCGAGAACACCGAGACAUUGAUUGGAUACUCUCCACGGCAGCUUUUUCGACUCAAAAGUUUCUUGGACAUAUUGAGCGAGGAGCAGCAAGAUAACUUACUAGACCACAUCGACUUCAUUCGCGACGAAGACGCAGAUCCAGCCGUUAAUGGACCCGAAGUCUUCAGUCUGGCCAUCCGCCCUCCGAAAAAGAAGAGCGUCAAGCUGUGGUGCGCGGUUCACAUUAACCCCGCGCAUCCUGAACUCGUCAUCUGCGAAUUCGAAGUCGAUGAUGAUCAUCAAUUCCCAUUGCGACCACCGGAAGAGGCCACACCGAUGACCCCUGAGGACACCUUGCAGUCAAAUCCCACAUCGGAAGAGUUGGCAGAGAGUACUGAAAUUCUGAGCAAGCCGUUGAGGGUGUUGCGAAGCGCACGCAAGCGCCGAGGCGAUGCUGGUGCCAUGCAGGUAUUCGACAUCAUGUCCCAGGUUCAGGAGCAGCUUGCCGCGGCCGUAAACCUUGAAGGUUUCCUCAAAAUUCUUGUGGGUAUCGUCAAGGAAUUGACCGGCUUUCACCGGGUCAUGAUAUACCAGUUUGAUUCCUCCUUCAACGGAAAGGUGGUUACGGAACUCGUCGACCCCUCGCACACCAAAGAUUUAUACAAGGGCUUGCACUUCCCCGCCUCCGACAUACCGCGACAGGCUCGCGAAUUGUAUAAGCUGAAUAAGGUGAGGCUCCUAUACGACAGGGACCUGGAAACUGCCCGUCUGGUCUGCAGGGCGAAAGAAGACCUCGAGGUACCACUAGACCUCAGCCAUUCUUACCUGCGUGCCAUGUCACCCAUUCACAUCAAGUACCUGAAGAACAUGGCUGUCCGAUCCUCAAUGUCGGUAUCCAUCAAUGCCUUCAACGAACUUUGGGGCCUCAUUGCUUGCCACUCAUACGGCCGGAAGGGCAUGCGUGUCUCCUUCCCCAUCAGAAAGAUGUGUCGCCUCGUGGGAGACACUGCGUCUCGCAACAUUGAGAGAUUAUCAUACGCUAGUCGACUCCAGGCCAGGAAGCUCAUCAAUACGGCACCAUCAGAGACCAAUCCCUCAGGUUACAUCAUUGCUUCGUCCGACGAUCUCUUGAAACUCUUUGAUGCUGACUUUGGUAUGCUCUCCAUACGAGGAGAAACGAAGAUUUUGGGCGAUAUUGAGCAUUCGCAAGAAGCAUUGGCCAUGCUGGAGUACUUACGCUUGCGGGAGCUCACGUCAGUGGUCACCUCUCAGGAUAUCAAAGAGGACUUCCCAGACCUACGAUACCCUCUUGGAUUCACUGUUAUCGCAGGCUUGCUGUAUGUUCCGCUGAGUGUUGGAGGAAACGACUUCAUUGUCUUCUUUCGCAGAGGCCAAGUCAAGGAGGUCAAAUGGGCCGGAAACCCGUACGAAAAGACCCUUCGCGAGGGCACUCAGGCCUACCUCGAACCAAGAAAAAGUUUCAAGACUUGGCACGAGACUAUCCUCAGCAAAUGCAGAGAAUGGUCGGAGGAACAGGUCGAGACAGCCGCCGUUCUUUGCUUGGUCUACGGCAAAUUUAUUGAAGUAUGGAGACAGAAGGAGGCUGCCUUGCAAAGCAGCCGUCUUACACGCCUCUUGCUGGCGAACUCAGCCCACGAGGUUCGGACGCCGCUCAAUGCUAUAAUCAAUUAUCUGGAAAUUGCGUUGGAGGGCACCCUCGACCAAGAGACGCGCGAUAACCUCGCUAAGUCACAUUCCGCUUCAAAGUCGCUCAUCUACGUGAUCAACGACCUACUUGACUUGACGAAAACCGAGGAGGGUCAGAAUUUGAUCAAAGACGAGGUGUUUGAUUUCGGCAUGUGCAUCAGAGAAGCAACCGAUCCUUUUACCAACGACGCCAAGAGAAAGGGCAUCGAGUAUCAGGUCAUUGAACAUCCCGGAUUACCACAGCAGGUUUGCGGUGACAGUCGACGCCUCAGACAAGCCAUCUCGAACGUUGCGGCCAACGCAGUGCAAAAUACAAGCAGCGGGUUCGUCAGAGUCGAACUAUACGUCAGCGAGGUACUUGAACGACGGGUACGCGUCGAGAUUGUUGUCGAGGACACAGGCAAGGGAAUGACGGCUAAGCAGCUCGACACACUUUUCAGGGAUCUUGAGCAAGUGAGCGCCGAGACAGACGAAGUCAGCGUUCUAUUCCCAGAUGAUGAUAAGGCGAGAAGUGACACUAGGAUACUGGGUCUAGGCUUAGCUGUCGUUGCUAGAGUCGUCCGCAACAUGGACGGCCAGCUGCGGCUAAAAUCAGAACAGGGGGUCGGGUCUAGGUUCGUGAUUCAGCUGCCGUUUGAGCUGCCUGGCGAUGUGCCUGCUGCACCCCCAGAUGGCGGUCAGAAGUCUGCGAAGUCGGGCGCUACUUCAAGUGUGGCUUCUGUUACAACCGCCGUACCAGAUAACGACGGCGAAAUGAUGCUCAUCGAUCGCGGCAGCAAGUUACCGGUGCUUGAGGAAGGCGGGACGGGUGCUACAGGUGCUGAGACGCAAAGCCUUGAGAGCCAGAAGACGACAGGGACGGCGGGCACGGGUGGAAGCAAAGCCAGUGGCCGAAGCUCGCGAAGUGACGCGGAUCGCUUGAUCGACGCGAUCCAGAUGCCACUUUCCAUCGGCGAAGGUGACUCCAACCAACCAACAACGAUGCGGCAGCAUUCUUGGGAGUAUUCACACAGACCGAGGUCUUCGGAGAGCCACAAUACCUCGGCCGCGAGGCGUAUGGCAUCCCCUACCUCGCUUCGAAGCAAUCCCAGCGUCUCAAGCGUCGAAGCCCCGAAGCUUCCAGAGGUUGGUUAUGCGACAGUUACAGACGCGAAAACACCCGUCAGAGCUGUGAAGGUGUCGGAUGAGUAUACUGAUCAGCCAUCAAUGCAACGCGACUCCUCACGAUUUCUAUUUGAAGUCAACAGCAGCUCAAAGUUCGGGGGUACGUCGGAGACUGGCACAUUCGGUAGCACCACCGGCACCGCACCAAGCGUCGUUUCGGUGUUCGACGAGACGAAGCUGCAAGUUUUGAUUGCGGAAGACGACCCUAUCAAUUCGAGAAUUUUACGCAAGCGCUUAGAGAAGUCUGGCCACCAAGUGACCCAUGCUGUCAACGGCGAAGACUGCGCUACUGUCUACAAGGAGAGGCCCGAAACCUUUGAUAUUGUGUUGAUGGACAUGCAGAUGCCAAUUGUGGAUGGCUUGACAAGUACAAAAAUGAUACGAGCCCACGAAAAGUCCAGCGACCAUGGUGGACGCUCGGCGAUUGCAAGUCGCAACGGCCGUAUCCCAGUAUUUGCAGUGUCUGCAUCUCUCAUUGAACGAGAGAAGGACAAAUAUAUCGAUGCCGGAUUCGACGGGUGGAUCCUUAAGCCCAUCGAUUUCAAGCGACUCAACACAUUGCUCUUGGGAAUCGUGGAUGACGAAGUGCGCGCAUCAUGUUUAUAUGCACCUGGGCAAUGGGAAAAGGGCGGCUGGUUCAACACUCGAGACACCGAGGAGGGAAAGGACGAUGACGUGCCAACACCUACAGUAUCUCCAGCGCCUGUAAGCAUGGACACGUCUGCGGAAACCCCAACGGAGGCAACAAACGAUUCGUCGCCAAAGAUGGACGGUGCCAGCAAACUCGUCAGCACUUAG